UCAGAGGCACCAGGCCCCGCUCGAUGGGGCCUCCAGUCUCUGGGGAAGCUGUGCCCACCUGGCUCUGACACUGACCACAUCAUCUCCGUCAUCCCUAAAGUGCACGCCUCCCAAUCCAGCCCCAGAAUGGCACUGCCUCCCAGCCCCCUGGCCAUGGAAUAUGUCAAUGACUUUGACUUGAUGAAAUUUGAGGUAAAGCGGGAACCCUCUGAGGGGCGAUCUGGCCUCCCCACAGCCUCACUGGGCUCCACACCCUACAGCUCAGUGCCUCCUUCACCCACCUUCAGCGAGUCAGGCAUGGUGGGGGCCACGGAGGGUCCCCGGCCAGGCCUGGAGGAGCUGUACUGGCUGGCCACCCUGCAGCAGCAGCUGGGGGCUGGGGAGGCACUGGGGCUGAGUCCAGAGGAGGCCGUGGAGCUGCUGCAGAGUCAGAGCCCAGUCCCUGGUGAGGGGCCCCAAGCCUACUAUCCAGGGAGCCCCGAGGAGACAGGAGCCCAGCAUGCCCAGCUGGCCGAGCGGUUUUCGGACGCGGCGCUGGUGUCGAUGUCUGUGCGGGAGCUCAACCGGCAGCUGCGGGGCUGCGGGCGCGACGAGGCGCUGCGGCUGAAGCAGAGGCGCCGCACGCUGAAGAACCGCGGUUACGCGCAGGCCUGUCGCUCCAAGCGGCUGCAGCAGCGGCGCGGGCUGGAGGCCGAGCGCGCCCGCCUGGCCGCCCAGCUGGACGCGCUCCGGGCCGAGGUGGCCCGUCUGGCCAGGGAGCGCGACCUCUACAAGGCUCGCUGUGACCGACUGACCUCGAGCGGCCCUGGGUCCGGGGACCACGCCCACUUCUUUCUCUGAGCUGCUUGGGGCCGCGGAGUGGUGGAGUAGGUGGGUGGGAGGCACCACCCAGGAGGCAGCGGCACCAUUCACCAGAUGGUUACUGAGAGGCUUCUGGUGCCAGACACUGCCUUGUAUGACCACACAAAUAUUCCCAAACUCCCUGGACCCUCAAGGCAUGCUCCGAGGUUAGAUGUUGAUCAUUUUCUGGGAGAGGGGUCCCCUCCCCUCACGCAGGCCGUGCACAGAAACUCUCCACCUCCUGCCCCAUCCCACAUGACCUGGACACUGAGAUCUGCGGGAGCCAGUGCCAAGCACUCUGUGUGUGUGUGGAGCGUGGACGACGGCUGGGUGACACAGUGAAUGGGAGGUGAGGGAGUGGUGCAGCUCCGCCCUCAGUUUAGAUUUUAAUUCAAGGUUUUCAACCUGUAGUGCAUUAAGGUGGUAAUUAGCAA